AAUCUGAACUUAAAGGUGGGAGUUAGAUGUUACAAAACUAUUUGGGGGUUUAUUUCUCCCAAUUUCUUGAUGUGAAAUAUAAAGUUGUGGAUAUGCAUGUGGAAUAUCAAAAUGGCCUAUAAGUUGGAAAUUGAGGGAGUAAGGGCGAUGAUGCAAAAAUCACUCUCAGCUCUUCUUUAUAGCAAAAAUAUUUUAAUCAAUAAUCAAAUAAGGAUGCCCUUUUCAUCCUUUGAGUCGUUGGUAGUUCUAACCCUUUCUUAAGAGAUUUGUGAACUAACACCAGAUACUACACACCAGAUAUUACACACCAUAUACUACAUACAAGAUACUAUACACCAGAUACUACAUAUCAGAUACCAUAUAUAGUUACACUGCACCUUUAGUUUAAAAGUUCAGAUACUACUUACAGGUUCAUUCAUCAAUUAAGUGACAGGGUUUAGAAUUUCUCGAUUCUAGGAUGAUUUGGUGGUGACUUUUGAUUGAUAUUGAUAUAUAGACUUCGAUACUUCGGUUGCCUGUGGGAUCGUGACAAAUGAAAGUCUAGGCUGAGCCCAUCUCCAAUUUGAAUUCUUAUACCCCAUUUUGAUUUUCCAUAUGCUUAUCACUUAACUUUUAUGAAAAUAUGUGUGUGCCCAGGUCUUUCAUAUGUAAAUUGCAAAGGUAUGCCUCACAAGUUGUACCAUGAAAGGACUGGAAGAGUUUAGAAUGUUACAAAAUGCUAUUGGGGUGGAAAUCAAUAAGCAGCUAUACUUUGAUAAGAUCUCUGAGCCAACCAUCAGCGAGUCUGAACCUGCCAUUUUCAAUGAAGCAUUGACAAGUUUGUCUGAUGAUACGGGGCUUCACCCUCUAAUCCCAUUUUUUUCGUACUUCAUUUCAGAUGAGUUGAAGAAGAAAAGCAAUUCCAAACCAGCGAUGGCCGAACCGUCCACAGCUUCUGUAGACAUAGGCGAAGGAAUGGUUGUGAAGGACAACGAAAAUGAAAAGAACAUUAAAGUCUCGAACACGGCGACAACUCAGGAUGCAGCCUCUAAAAUCAGCCCCCAAAAAGGUGGGAAAGGAACUUUCCAAAAGAACACUGUCAAUGUUAAAAAUGACAAAUGUAGAUCUCGUAAGAAGAGCAUUUGGAAGCGAAAAUCUCAACAUAUAGUCGGCGAUCAAAAUAACGGAAAAGACCUACACCGCCCGAGCAUGGCCAAUGCAAGAAAGAAGAGCAAAUUUCCAUCAAGAGAAGAAAUUUCACGAGCCAGGGAAGAGAAGAGAAGAGCCCUGAAGAAGCAGAAGAUUUAAACUGCAAUAGAAUAGAGUUCAAAUCUGAAGGCUUAAAUUGAUUUUUGUACUAGAAUUAACUAAUUUGUUUAUGAUUUUCUUAGAAGCAAAGUUUUGAAUUGUAAUAAUGAUUUUUGUCUCUGUGUAUGUUGGAUAUUUGUGCAAUAUAUGUGUUUUAAUUCAAUCAUAC